GGAACUAGCAUUUAUACUUAUGUAGUAUUGUUAAUAGAUGUUAAUAGUAAUAUUUUGAGUUCAACAAUAAUGACUGAUGUUCAAACUGCACAUCGUGUUAAAUAUGGAGGAGGGCCGCUUAAUUUAGGAGAUCCUGAUGAUAAACAUUUAAGAAAGGUAGAAAAAGACGUGCUUAUACCACAAAGAAUGCGAGAUAAAGCAAAAACCGAAAAAUGUGUUGUGGAAGUUGAACGGUUUUCAGAAUGCUGUAAAAAUGCUAGUGUUCUUAUGACUUUCCAGUGUCAAAAGGAAAAUUCUGCAUUAAAAGACUGUUUAUCACAGUGGUAUAAUGAUCCAGAUUUCAAAGCACAAUGUACACAAGAAUAUUUAGAUGAAAGAAGUGAAUACCGGAGAACUGGUAUUGCUAGAAGAUCAAAAAACAGCAGAUACCAAUCAUCAUCAUAAGAUUCCAUCUUCGCCAUAAUAAUUCUCUCACAGAAAAUUCAGGAAGCAUAUCCACAUUUAAUGAAUCAGAUGUUUGCAAAGUUGAAGAUGGCCAUAAAACUUGUGCAAAUAAUAUUUCCUAUAUUAAAAAUAGAAUAUAGAAUAUAAAAUGUGUUAAAUUUACAAAUGAUAUUGAAAUAAACAUAUAUGAAAUAUUGUUACUGAA